AUGGAAGGAAGCUUUGGAUGGGUCGCAGUAUUUGCGAUCAUCCUAGCUGCAGUAAAUUUAGAAGCAGCCCCUAGGCAAGCAGUACCUACAGUAUGUCCAAGUGAAGAUUCUCUCGAAGAAACGGUUCUACUAGCUCACGAGUCAGAUUGUAGCAAAUUUUACGUUUGCUUUUUAGGUGAAAAAAUUUUAAAAGAGUGUCCAUACAGAAACAGUAGAGGCGAUAGGCUACACUUUAAUCCUCUACUUCAGGUUUGUGACUAUCCUUUAGAAGCAGGUUGUAAAUUGCAACCUAUCGCGAGUAAACAACUAACAACGUCUGUAGCUGUGCCACUAACAAAACAACCACCAUCGCAACUAACAACGCCACAUAACAUACCAUCUUCGAUAUCAUCAACUAACUCAUCGAAUCAAAUUAAAUACAAAGAACAUCAGUGCACGUGUAAUUUAUAUUACGAGAAUGUCAAUAAUAGCUACAUACUCAGACAGUGCUCGAAGGAUUUCUGUUGGAACCAAGAUCUGCAAAUUUGUUAUAGACCUGAAUCAAUAAAAUGCAUGCAACAAAGAAUCUCGACGACAACGAUAAUGUUACCAUUUGACAUAACAUGUACGGAAGGAGAUUACGUAAAACAUGAAUGCCAAUGUACGCUAUAUUACCAGUGCAAAAAUGGACUAUUAGUUUUGAAAGAAUGUCCAAACUCAUUGCAUUGGAAUGAAAAAAGCAAAUCUUGCACAUCAAAAGAGACAGCAAACUGCGAAAAGCCCGUUUGUAAAGAAGGUCCUUACAAGCCUCACCCAUGUGAAUGUAAUCUAUACUAUAAGUGCAUAAAUAAUGAUUACGUCCUGCAAAAAUGUCCAAACGGUUUGGACUGGGAUCGAAGAAAUAAUGCUUGCAAAGACCCUAAGGACGCAGGUUGUAGACCAGUUUGUAAAGACGGUCCGUACAAACCUCACCCAACGGAUUGCGAUAAGUAUUACAAGUGCGAAAAUGGUGAUUACGUUCUGAAAACAUGUCCAUCUGGAUUACAUUGGGAUCGAGAGCGUAAUAUUUGCAACAAACCAUCGGAAGCAAAGUGCCCUAAUUCCAGAUGCAUUGAGGGUACUACCAUGCCUCACCAAUGUGAAUGUAAUUUAUACUAUAAAUGCAUAAAUAAUGAUUUCGUACUGCAGAAAUGUCCCAAUGGUUUGGACUGGGAUCGAAGAAAUAAUGUUUGCAAAGACCCUAAGGAUGCAGGUUGUAGACCAGUUUGUAAAGACGGUCCGUACAAACCUCACCCAACGGAUUGCGAUAAGUAUUACAAGUGCGAAAAUGCAACCCAUCGGAAGCAAAGUGCCCUAAUUUCAUAUGCAUUGAGGGUACUACCAAGCCUCAUGCGUGUGACUGUAAUCUAUACUAUAGGUGCAUAA